AUGCCCAAGUCAAAAUCGACCAACAAGAAAUCUAACAAAUCUACUACCGAUUCAAAAGCUCCUGUCAGUCCCGCUGCUCGACUCCUGGCUGCUGGUGGUGCACGCGGUCAUAUUCCUCAACGUUCAGUCAGCAAGGUAGAAGCCCUAAGCUUCGAAGGGCUUUUGUCAGGAACGCAGAACCAUGAUCCCUCCCCUAGUCAGGCGACCACCUCAACGAGUCCAAUUCAUCCCCUCAUUCCAAACACUCAUGCUCGAGUCUCAUUUCCAUCCUCAUCGGAUCAACCAGGUCCCUCACCCCCUAUUUCUCGAACUGAAGAUAGUCGAUCAUCAUCUGAAGCUGCCGAUACAGAUGUCCUUCGCCAUCUCAAAACCUCACUGAGAUCUCGACUGACUUCCGACCAUGCGAGACAGAUUAAAAGUCCAACCCGAGAUGUCAAGUCUUCAAGCUCUAGUGCGAAGUCUUCCAGAAUUCUCAACCGACACGACUCAACAGGCUCGGUCCCUUCUAGCCAAAAGGGGAGCCCGCCAUUAAAUGAUAGCCAAAAAUCCCCUAGCUUCGGCAUACCAUCCUCACCUGCUGCUGCUUCGACCCCUGGGAUCAAUCAAUCUUCACCAAGUCACUUGCUCCUCGACCCUUAUGACCCCUCCACCUCCACCCAGUCUCAAAUGACACAGAAUGAAAUUCAGGCCGACAAGCAUAUGGAUUCAGUAGAUAGAACACCCAAUAGUAGCUUAGAUCCCUUGAUUGAUACGGUUUCCGGAAAUCAAGCCACUGAUAUCGACCAUACACAAUCGGAUCCCAGUGAUACGACUGCCCAAUCUUCACCACGCCUAUCCAACCCAGUGAUUUCCUCGGAUAUCCUACCAGCGUUAUACGUGCCCGUUUUUGGAUUCAAGCUCGCGCCGCCCAAUCUAGCUCAGAGAACCAUAUCUUGCUACCCCACGUCGCAUAAUCAUCCUAUCGCGGACAUCAUACUGCAUUUGAUGAUUCUACCUUGGACCACCACUCUGGCGCUUGUGAAAAGUGCUCCAGUGAUCCGUGACUAUGUCACAAACUCUGAGAAGCAGCCCUUUAAUCACAGUAAGCGUAGGAUCCUGUUCGAUGCAGCUCAGCAAGCUGUGGGUCUGGUCCUAGCUGGCAGUUGGACAGUCAUAGGUCACAUUCUUAAUCCGGUGAAGAUUCAAGACCGCUUGUAA